CAUUUGCAUUUUCUUCUUCCUUUUUCUUCUUCGUUUUUUGCUUUCUUUUUAAUCUAUCACUAUCUCCCUACUCUUUGAUUCCUGUGCUUUAUAUGAAGACUUUCACUGUUGAGCAAGUAGCUGAGCAUAACUCGGCCAAAGACUGCUGGAUUAUCGUCGACGGCAAAGUCUUUGAUGUAACGAACUUCUUGGCCGACCAUCCAGGUGGCAAAAAGGUCAUUGUCAAGGUCGCAGGCAAGGAUGCUACCAAGCAAUUCCACAGUUUUCACAAUGACGCUAUCAUGCAAAAAGUCGGAUUGCCCUUGCAGGUGGGCGUGAUCGGAUCCGCCAAAGACAAUCAACAAGAAAAGAAACAGCCAGCCGCCGCUGCAGCCUCUUCCCCCACAGCCACUCCAGCCCCCGUGACAGGCCAACUUGUAUCAUCUGACCUGUCACAUUUUGGUGAAGGCGUACCCUACGGUGAUCCCACUUGGUAUCAAGACUGGAAUAGUCCUUAUUACAAUGAAUCACAUAUCAAGCUUCGUAAAGUCAUUCGUGAAUGGGUGGACAAGAGCAUCAUGCCUUACUGUCACGAAUGGAGUGAAGCCAAGCAGAUUCCCAAAUCUGUUUAUCAGGAAGCGGCUAAACUCGGGUUUUUAGCUGCGGUGACGGGCGCUCCUUCCAGCAAAGACACUGCUGCGUUGAUGCCUUAUCCUUUGGCGGCCGGUAUCAAGCCGGAGGAAUUCGAUAUUUUCCAUGAAUUUAUUUGCGUCGACGAACUGUCACGAUGUGGUUCCGGUGGUCUCAUUUGGGCCAUUCAAGGCGGGUUGGCUAUUGGAUUACCACCUGUCAUGCACUUUGCUACACCUGAAGUCAAAAAGAAGGUUGUGACGGGCUGUUUGUCGGGAGAGAAAUAUAUUGCGUUGGCCAUCACUGAACCUUCGGCUGGUUCCGAUGUCGCCAAUCUCGAAACGACGGCCGUGGACCAAGGCGAUCACUUUAUUGUGAAUGGCGAAAAGAAAUGGAUUACACAAGGUUUAUAUGCCGACUAUUUUACGGUGGCUUGCCGUACAGGUGGUGAAGGCAUGGGUGGCGUGUCUUUGAUGGUCAUUGAACGUGACUUUCCGGGUGUCAGUGUGCGUGCCAUGGAUUGCCAGGGCAUGUGGGGAUCCGGCACCUCGUACAUUACCUUUGAAGAUGUCCGUGUUCCCAAGAGCCAUCUCAUUGGCAAGCUGAACCAAGGUUUCAAAUACAUUAUGCACAACUUUAACCAUGAAAGACUCGGUAUCAUUAUGCAAGCCAAUCGCUUGGCCCGCGUUUGCAUUGAAGAGUCAUUAAAGUACUCUACGAAGCGCAAGACAUUUGGUCAACGACUUAUUGACCAUGCGGUGAUUCGUAACAAGUUUGGCCACAUGAUCCGUCAAUGUGAAGCUACUCAUGCUUGGCUCGAAAAUAUCUUGUAUCAAGUCAAGACGUUGCCGGCCGAAGUGCAACCCGCGCGUCUCGGAGGUCCGAUUGCUCUGUUGAAAGCCCAAUCCACGCAAACUUUUGAAUACUGCGCUCGUGAGGCAGCUCAGAUUUACGGCGGUUUAGCCUAUACGCGAGGUGGCCAAGGGGAAAAGAUUGAACGCUUAUACCGAGAAGUUCGUGCCUUUGCCAUCCCUGGAGGCUCCGAAGAAAUCAUGUUGGAUUUGGGUGUGCGACAAGCUUUGAAGCAGUAUACCACUAAACAGAAAUUGUAAAUUAUUUAUUUUAUUAAUGAAAACGUGUUUAAUUGUUUUUCCAUCAUAUUGAACAUGCACAAAAAGGCAUUCAAAAAGACGUUGUUUGCAGGACAUGUCAUAAAGGGCUUUUGAAAAAUGCUGGUUGCUUUGGAUCUAUUUUUCUGAUAAGGAAAAUGGCUUUCACCCACGCAAAUACAAUGGUCUGUUAUGUAUGAUUAC